GGGCAGGGGGCGGAGCCGAGGGCGGCGCAGCCGCAGCCGCAGCGCUGGCGGAGGAGCGCGCGGCCGCGAGCAAAGGAGGGAGGGAAGGAAGGAAGAGAAGGAGGCGGGCAGGCAGGCAAGCGCGGGGGUCGGGGACUGAGGCAGUAGAGAGAGGCGAGAGCCCGGCAGCCGCUUCGCGCUGUGUUUGCUGCGCGGGCUUUUGGAGGGGGCGACCGUUGAGUCGGUCCAGGAGAAGCGGGCACCGGCGGCGUUGGUGCUGGCGCCUGGGGGCGGGGGACUGGAGAGGCAAGAAGGGGGGUCGCUGCGGUGGUUCUCUCGCUGUCGCGCUCUCCUUGCCUUUCUCCCGGCUCGGUGGGCUUCCCCCGGCGUCUCACUCGCCUCCGGGGCCCCGCUCCCCGCCCCCCGCGGUAUGUCUUGAUCCCGAGCAGCGGGUUUCAUGGGGCUCCUUAGGAUUAUGAUGCCGCCCAAGUUGCAGCUGCUGGCGGUGGUGGCCUUCGCAGUGGCGAUGCUCUUCUUGGAGAACCAAAUCCAGAAACUGGAGGAGUCCCGAUCGAAGCUAGAAAGGGCUAUUGCAAGACAUGAAGUUCGAGAAAUUGAGCAGCGACAUACAAUGGAUGGUCCUCGACAAGAGGCAGCGCUAGAUGAGGAGGAGGAUAUGGUGAUCAUUUAUAACAGAGUCCCCAAAACUGCAAGCACCUCUUUUACCAAUAUUGCCUAUGACCUUUGUGCAAAGAAUAAAUACCAUGUUCUUCACAUCAACACUACCAAAAAUAAUCCAGUGAUGUCACUACAAGACCAGGUACGCUUUGUAAAGAAUAUAACUUCCUGGAAAGAGAUGAAACCAGGGUUUUAUCAUGGACAUGUUUCUUAUUUGGAUUUUGCAAAAUUUGGUGUGAAGAAGAAGCCAAUUUACAUUAAUGUUAUAAGGGAUCCUAUUGAGAGGCUAGUUUCUUACUAUUACUUUCUGAGAUUCGGAGAUGAUUAUAGACCAGGGUUAAGAAGACGAAAACAAGGAGACAAGAAGACCUUUGAUGAAUGUGUAGCUGAGGGCGGCUCAGACUGUGCUCCGGAGAAGCUCUGGCUUCAAAUCCCUUUCUUCUGCGGCCACAGCUCGGAAUGCUGGAAUGUGGGAAGCAGGUGGGCCAUGGAUCAAGCCAAGUAUAACCUAAUUAAUGAAUACUUUCUGGUGGGAGUUACUGAAGAGCUUGAAGAUUUUAUCAUGUUACUGGAGGCAGCUUUGCCCCGGUUCUUCAGGGGUGCUACAGAACUCUACCGUACAGGAAAGAAAUCUCAUCUUAGGAAAACCACGGAGAAGAAGCUCCCCACUAAACAAACCAUUGCAAAACUGCAGCAGUCUGACAUAUGGAAAAUGGAGAAUGAGUUCUAUGAGUUUGCUCUGGAGCAGUUCCAGUUCAUCAGAGCCCACGCCGUACGAGAAAAAGACGGAGACCUCUACAUCCUCGCACAAAACUUUUUCUAUGAAAAGAUUUACCCUAAAUCGAACUGAGUACAGGUGUGACUGUUCGAUUCUUGAACUAAAACUUUGACCCUGUCUUCACCUUAGUUCUCAGCUCUACAGCUCGGUUGCUGAUAGGUGUAUAAGACAAUUUGUAUUGAGCCAAGUUAGGAAACAGACAGAAACACCGAGGAAGUAGAUACUGGCUGGUAAGUUUCAGUGGCCUGAGAAGUUUAAGUUUCAGUCUUUUUUUCUUUCUUUCUUUCUUUCUUUUUUUUUUUUUUUACCCCCCUGGUUAAAUUUUCAUGGGAGUUAUAAUCUCCUGCCUGGAAAAAGCCUACACAUCACCUAAAAAUCAACACAUAGCAGGUCUAGUCAGAGGCUAAAUACAAUUUCACAAAAAAGUUCUGAUACUCCCUUUUUGAUAAAGCAUUUUUUUUUCAACUAACCAUGAAUGAAGAUGAGUCCAUUUGCUACUUCCACCUUCACCUGGAGGUUCAAGAUACACACCUGUACCAAAUAGUGUUAUUAACUGUUGGGCAGUGUGUGCUUUGUUUUCGUGAAUCCUGUCUCAUGAAAUUUACUGGAAUGUUUGAUCCUGUUUGCUGAGAAUGUCUCUGCUGUAGUUGGAAUUGCCCAUAUUUAUGUAGGCCGUUUUAAUAUUCUUUUAAAAAAAAAAAGAUCUUUAGUGUUAAAAACCAAUUUUAAAAUAAUCAAAGCAGUAUUUCUCAUUCCUGUCUCCCCACUACCUAAGACUGGGGAGACACUUCAAAGAAUGCUGGCGUUUUAGUUUAAGACUUCCACACAUUAAUAUCAAAAAAGUAAGUUUAGUAUUUGUGCCCCCAUGGGUUAUUUGUAAAGCAGUAAACUGACAUUGGUGAUUCCAUAUUAUAACUCCAUUAGUGAGCUGUGGUAUGGGUAGGAUUUUCCUACUUCUUCUGUACUUUUACUUGUAGACUAUUUUUACUAAGGUGCUUUAUAAUGUGUUUUAAAGCAUUGCAUUUACAAAAAAAGAAAGGAAAAUGCUGUAAAUAUUGCAUAUUUUAUGUAUUUGGACCAAAAGGUUAGACGUAAUUAGAUAAAAGUGGUUUUGCACCCGUUUUAUUAAGUCAAGUAAAAUCAUCAGACCUACUGUUCUUGUAGUUCUCAUUUAACUUUACUGUUAAGACAUCACUGAAAUGAACUUCAGUAACCUUUCAAUUUUGAUACACAGUACAUUGUUCAUAAUUGGGGCAGUAGCUAUAGUGGAAGGAGUACUGGACAAGGAGUCAGAAAAUUUGAUUUCUGGUCCUGGCUCUGCCGCUUAUCAGCUGUGUGAUCUCGGGCAAGUCACUUAACCUCUCUUUGCCUCAAUUUCCUCAUCUUGAAAUGAGGAUACUAAUACCUGCUGUACCUACCUCGCAGGGGUGUUGUGAGGAUUACAUGAGAAUGGCAUGUGAAAGCACUUUGAAAACUGUAAUGCGCUAUAUAAACGUAAGGUAUUAUGGAAACAUCUUUAACAUAUGGUUUCCUACCAUUCAUUUUUUUAACAAAGAAAGGGAAAAGUCCACUUAUUAGCUGGUUGGGGAAAAAAGUGAAUCUUGAUAGAAAUUUGUGUUUGAUAAAUAUCUUCUCUGUUUUAUCUUCUCUGUUUCAACAACUAUGGAAAUACGAAACACCUGUGAACUAACUCUUAAAGAUUCAUGAACAGCUGCUUGAGUUCAGGAGGUUCCCUGUUUGAAAAAGACUUUCUUAGCUGACUCAGGGCAGGGUACAAUUCGCUCUUCGACUUUGGAGAGACUUGUCUGGUUUUAUUUUCCAUUACCAUUCAGAAAUGGUAGCUCUUUUUUACCUCUGGUUGUUCAGAUAUAUUUUGCAGAGUUUCAUUACCCUGUGCAUUCUUUGCCAUCUUCCCCUUCUUGGAGUAACUGAGAUAAGGUUUUUAGACACGUUUUCUAAAAGAAUAAUCUUUACUAUGUUUAGUUUAAAUAAACACUAUUCCUGAACAAGUCCUCACAACCUAGGCAAACAUUUUAGGCGGACUACUCUAAAGGUUAUUAACUGUACGGGAGGUGAGGAGGGAACACUACUUAAUGAAAAAACAUAGACAGAUUUAAAGAAAAGCUAAAGGAAGUUGGUGGAAAGAAUCAGUUUAGCGCCCUUCCCUCCCACCUCCAAUACUAGGAGGAUAUUAAGAGAACAUUGGCAGGCACACGUUUCUUACUUGGCUUUCUUUCUUUCUUGUGUAUUUAUUAACUUUUACAGAUAUUUGUUGAAAAUCUUUACAAAUUAUUCCCUUGCCCAAAAGUAAAGCACCACUUUAAGGUGAUGUGUUUGACAUUUAUUCUGCUAAGGAACCCCCAGUAUGCAGGUUACUCUUGAAGUACAUGCUAAAAUCUUGAGGUGCAUUAACUCUUAGGAAACUAGAGUAGUAUGGAGUGCCCUACAUCAUGGGUUCAGUCAACUUUUCCUUUGAAGAUACAGAGAGUAUAUGUUUUAGGCUUUGCAGUCUGUACAGUCCCUGUCAAAACUACUCAACGCUUGUCAUGUUAACACAAAAGCAAGGAUAGAUAGCACAUAAAUGAGUGAGCAUGGCUGUGUUCCAAUAAAACUUUAUUACAAAAGCAAGUGACAUGCCAGAUAGGGACCAUUGGUUGUAGUUUACCAACCCCUGUAAUAGAUCAUUAUUUAUGGAAAAAUUAUUUUUAAAUCUGUAUUCUAGUGACCUAAAAGUUUAUAUACUUCCAAAAGCUCCUAACUUCUAUCCAAAGAAUAUCUUUCUCAUUCGGGCGGUCUCUCCCACAGAUUCAUAAACUUUCAUGAGUUAGAUUGCUUCCAGGUGAGCAUGUUUUCUUUCCCAGUUUAACAGUUUGGAAUAGAGGCAUUUAUUCUGUCAUCUUGUAGGAUGGGUUAGGGAGUAUCCUUCCUGGAGACUGAGAAAGGGUUAGAUUUAAUUCCGUCUGGUCCAAUGCAGCCCUAGGAGUCUGACAACCGCAGAGUCCUCGUAAUACCUAACUUUAUAAUAAUAAUAAAAAUAAAAACAUAGAACCACUGAGACAAUAAUGUAUUUUUUAAAAGUGGCAAAUGUGGUUUCCUUUUUUCAGCCUUUGCGCUUUUUCAGUAUUUUGACCAUAGGGAAUUUUUUUUUUUAAUAAUACAAAAGCAAAUUAACCACUCUGUAUUGUAAAGAAACGAUGUUGUGUGUGUGUGUGUGUGUGUGUGUGUGUGUGUGUGUACAUCUAUGUUUAUUUCCUAAAAGAGGAAAAAGUACUUUUCUUUGUUCAACUUGUAUCAACUCCUGUUUUAUAAUUGCUGUGAAAUGGCAACUGUUGAUAAAUUAUUGUGACUUUUAAAGUAUAAUGGGGAGGAUAUAUUUUGGUUUUACGGAGCUUUAAUCUGUAAAGUAUCACUUAAAUAUAUCUGAUAGCAACACUUAAAAUAUUGCAUGGGGAUUACUUUUCUAUCAUCCAUACCCAUCUGUGCAACUUUGAACAUACUGGGUGCUUCUGAAUUCUUGGUGAUUGGGUUUCAAUUAUUGAAAAUCAGAGAACUUAAACUUACUGACUUUUAAACUUUAAAUUUUAUUUUGUAGUCUUAAAAUUCAGUUAAUGCCUAUAAUUUGAAAUCCAGUGUUGCUCUUUCUCAAUAUAUGUCCUACUGGAAAUUCCUGAAAUUGUUAGUGCCAUCAGUGGUUUACAAACAGUAUUUUGAUAUUACAGAUGAUUUGCUCAUUGUAUUUGCAUAGUUAGAAAGAAAAUAGUUUGUAGACGAUGAUUCUCUUUUUCUAAUAAAAUGAAAUAAAAGUUCUUAAACGCA